GCUUCUGAGAAUAGAUGAUCAUGACUUUACCAUGAGACCUGGAUUUGGAGGGCCUGCCAUUCCAGUGGGGGUCGACGUACAGGUCGAAAGUCUGGACACCAUUUCUGAAGUUGACAUGGACUUCACCAUGACGCUGUACCUGAGGCACUACUGGAAGGACGAGCGGCUGGCCUUCCCCAGCAACACCAACCAGAGCAUGACCUUCGACGGGCGGCUGGUGAAGAAGAUCUGGGUGCCGGACAUGUUCUUCGUGCACUCCAAACGGUCCUUCAUCCACGACACCACCACCGACAACGUCAUGCUCCGCGUCUACCCCGACGGCAAGGUGCUCUACAGCCUCAGGGUCACUGUCACAGCCAUGUGCAAUAUGGACCUCAGCCGCUUUCCCCUGGACACACAGACCUGCUCCCUGGAGAUAGAGAGCUACGCGUACACGGACGAUGACCUGAUGCUGUACUGGAAGAAGGGCAACGCGUCCCUGCAGACGGACGAGAGGAUCUCGCUCUCCCAGUUCCUCAUCCAGAAGUUCCACACCACCACCAAGCUGGCCUUCUACAGCAGCACAGGCUGGUACAACCGUCUGUACAUCACCUUCACCCUGCGGCGCCACAUCUUCUUCUUCCUGCUGCAGACCUACUUCCCGGCCACCCUGAUGGUCAUGCUGUCCUGGGUGUCCUUCUGGAUCGACCGCCGCGCGGUUCCCGCCAGAGUCCCUUUGGGCAUCACCACGGUGCUGACCAUGUCCACCAUCAUUACCGGUGUGAACGCCUCCAUGCCCAGGGUCUCCUACAUCAAAGCCGUGGACAUUUACCUGUGGGUCAGUUUCGUAUUCGUAUUCCUCUCGGUGAUAGAGUACGCCGCCGUCAACUACCUGACCACCGUGCAGGAGCGUAAAGAGAGGAAGCUGAGAGACCGGCUGCCCUGCACGUGUGGCAUGCCUCACGCCAGCACGCUGCUCAACAGCAGCUACAGCGACGUGGACGUGAACACCACGGGGAACUACGGCAUGCCGGAGGAGAACGGCGACAAGCGCGAGCGGAUCCUGGUGCAGCUGGCGCUGGCGGACGGGCGGACAGGGGGCCGGGGGAAGGGCGUCCGCGGCUACGCCAGCAUCUGGAUCGACACGCACGCCAUAGACAAGUACUCCCGGGUCAUCUUCCCGGGCGCCUACACCCUCUUCAACAUUAUCUACUGGACUAUCUACUCCUAA